GACCGUUUGGCUGGUAUUUUGACGGUUUACAUCUAUGGUCGCACCCUAAUCACCGAGUUCAAUAUUGUCCACUAUUUUUGCCAACUUUCCUUAAUUUUAACACCAGCUAUGAGCUUCUGAAACAUAUUCCGUAGAUCAAUAAAAUUCCCAACUAGCCAUGACCUCACGCAAGCGAAGUGGAAGCGGCUCCACCAAGAGGCCCAAGGAGAAGGUGGUCUAUAUAUACGAACUAUUGUGCCGGGGCGAGGAUCCUAGUAGCGAGAGUCCCGAGUUCUGGAACGAGUUCUUCCUGCUGCAGCCAAACUUCGAGGCACUGGAGAAUGAGAUAGGAAAGCUUAACAGCGAUCAGCUGCAGCUUGUGAAGCCGAAUCUGAACACCCUCUUCCAGAGGUGCAUCGAAAUGCUGGACACGGAAGACCAUCCCAAGCGCCUGUGCAACAGCCUGCAAACACUGUGCUCCUUUUUCUACGGGAUUUUCAAGAAGUCCAAUGCGGAUCCCACGUUCAACAUCCUCAACGAGAUCUUCGGCCACGAGAAGAUGGAUGAGUGGCUGAAGCUGCUGAUGCAGUACUGCAAUCGAAUCCUGCUGGGCGAUGUGCCCGAGAAUGCCCGCUUCAUGUGCCUGAAACUGCUCCAGGUUCUGGUCACGGGUACGGAUAAUGUGAACCAGAACGCCCUUUUCGAGCACCUGAUGAUGCACAGCAUGUUCGACGCCUUCGUCCGGCUUCUUAGCGAUCCUACGUUUCGCACUCAGCACGGACAUGAUAUUGUAAUCCUGCUUACCAUCCUGGUCAACUACCGUAAGCAUGAGGCGACCAAUCCCUAUGUGGUGCAGCUUUCUAUACUUGCCGAUGAGCUGGCUCUAAAUGGAUAUGGCCAAAUGAUAUCGCAGUCGCUCAUUGACUUCUGCCGCCAGUACAUCCAAAGCCUUAACAAUGUGCAAUCCUCGUCCUGGUUUUCAUCGCUCUCGAAUAUUGUGGGGAACAUGUUUGUGUCGGAUGAAGGAUGCGAACGAGUUCAGCAGAUCAAGGCGAAUAAUGGGCUUCUGCUUGCGCUCUACGAGGCAGUGCACCUAAACCGAAACUUCAUCACGACUCUGGCUCACACACAGGCGGAGUCCAGUGCCCCGCCCUCGCCCAGUAACACGUUGAGCCUGGCCCAACCCGUGCCGGACUUAACCAAUACACCCAUCAUCGAUAUUACCCAGUAUCCCACCAAUCUGCUGGUGGCCGUCUUUCAAUACUGCUCCAUCGUGAUGCAGGACAACAAAAACGAGUCGAGUAUUGCUAACCUAAAGCUCUGCUUUCUCAUCCUAACCUGUAUUUCGGAGGAUCAGUACGCCAACUCCAUGAUGCACGACAACAACCUCACGUUUAAGGUUAUGCUGCAUCGGGCGCAGAUGCGUCAUCGCAAGUUGAAUGUGGAUAGGGUUGGCAAAUCCCAGCCUUUGGCUGCCACCCUACUGGAUCUUCUAGUGGAGUUUAUUGUGUCCCACUUAAUGAAGAAGUUUCCAAUGGAGCUGUAUCUGCUUUGCAUUGGUGUUAUUCAUCGAAUUCUGUGUUAUCAGAAGAGAUGUCGAGUGCGCCUAAAUUAUCCAUGGAAGGAGCUCUGGUCGGCACUGAUUGGCCUGCUGCGGUUUUUGGUCAACCAGGAACAAACGCUGGUCAAGAAGUGCAACAUAUUCCAUUUGUCGCUCCAGGUAGUGAAUAUAUUCAAUUUAUUCAUAACAUACGGCGACACUUUCCUAGCCACCACGAACAGCUAUGAUGAGCUAUACUACGAACUGAACCGCGAGGAGAAGGUCUUUACGGAAAUACAUGCAAUGGUUCUGCGCUACACAACGAUGCCAGAUUGCGAGUACAAAGAAGACGUAAUAAAACUACUGAAUUCUCUGGUUAAUAUAUUGGCCAUAGUAAAGCACUUCCAGAACAAGAUCAAGGAAUGGCUGGCUGAGCAGGGUCUAUCCACGCCCACGGAGGAGCAAAUACUCGAUGUGGUGCGCAAGAACUACGACCUCACGCUGAAACUGCAGGACUCCCUAGAUCAGUAUGAACGUUACGCUGAAACGCCGCUGCACACCAACUUCUUCAAGUUGAUGGUGCGCGAUGUUGUCAACGAUACUCGCAAGCACAUCUACGGAUAUGUGAAGGAGGCUGUGUCCGUCAUACCCGACCAAGAGGUGCUCCUCACCACGUCAAUGACAUCCGGUACGGCGGGAACAGCCAAUGCGCCGACCCCGACGACAGCAGUGCCAGAAGCAAAAGCGUAGGAAGUGGACCUCGACAGACUAUCAGACUGUUUAACUGUUUCUUUUGCUUAGUUUUGUAAUUGUAUUUUAAAUAAUCAAAUCUCUAGAAGCGUAAACUCGAUUUAAUCUGUAAGACUUAAAGUGCUUUGCGAGUUUUUGUUAGCUUUUGUUGUGAAGCAGUGCACUUAAAGCAUAUACAUAUAUUCUGUGCAAGUUUUUUACGUACGUAUACAAAAUAUAUUGCGUGUAUAUACAAUUA